CGUCACCCAAAGAGUAGGGAUAAAGUGCAGUGCCCACAGCUUUGGAAUGAGUAAAACUUCUUAGGAGGUAAAAAAGGUCGGCUGCCCUGUCUGGCAGGUGCUCUGCUGACAGCAACCUUCCUCCUAUAGCUCAACUCCUCACACGGACCCGAGGAAAAAAGAACAUUAACCAAGGAAAAUCUGUCCACAAUGCCACAAAACGUUAUUCUCCAAGGACCGUCACCCUGGGGAUUCAGGCUCUCAGGAGGAAUAGAUUUUAACCAACCCUUAAUCAUAACCAGGAUUACACCUGGAAGCAAGGCUUCAGCUGCCAACCUGUGCCCUGGUGAUGUUAUUAUAGCUAUUGAUGGUCUAGGCACAGAGAACAUGACACAUAAUGAUGCCCAGGAGAGAAUUAAAGCAGCUACACAUCAGCUUUGUUUGAAAAUAGAGAGGGCAGGAACUAAGUUAUGGUCCCCACAAGUUUCAGAAGAUGGCAGAGCACAUCCCUUCAAGAUAAAUUUGGAAGCUGAACCUCAGGUAUGAACUGUGCAAAGUUACCUAACCA